AUUGCAACUUUUGCAGGCACUCACUCCACAGACAUGAUCACAAGCUGAAGCCAAGACCUGCAAUUUGGCUCUGUUUUGGAGCCAAAACACCACCGAGACCCGUGGAGUUAAGUUGCAGACGUCCGUUUCUCAUCACGCACCCCGGGCCGAUCAUCAAAUGUAAAUUCUGGAUGUGAUUUUUCAGUCUUUUAUCCCUUUUCUCUCCCCCGAUGAACUGGGUUAGUAAUGCAGGAGAUAGCAGCGAUUCUGUCCGCGGCUCAAGAUGGCAGAUUUUUAUUGAGUUGUGAACAGUGCUGUCGCUUCAUUUUUUGCCAUGAAUAACAGAAACCCUUGCACCGAUGGCCCCUGUAUACGAAGGUAUGGCCUCGCAAGUGCAAGUCUUCUCCCCUCACACUCUCCAGUCAAGUGCCUUCUUUAGCGUGAAGAAACUGAAGGUGGAGCAGAGUUGCAACUGGGAUAUGACAGGGUACGGCACGCACAGCAAGGUCUACAGUCAGAACAGCAAGCAGAGUGUCUCAGUCGCCCCUGUGGGCAUCAACGGCGCCAGUCUCCAGGUCUCCAACUCUUCCCUGUCAUACGAACAGGCCCUACUCUUCCCGGCCGGCUCGGGGCACAUUGUUGUGGCCUCAGCCAGCAGCACGUCUGGGGCAGCUGGUCAACUGUUGGGCAGCACUGGUAGCAGCGGAAGCGGCAGCGGAGGCCAUAACCUGACGCGCCGCAGCACCGUCAGUCUGCUGGACACCUACCAGCGAUGCGGGCUUAAGCGCAAAAGUGAGGAACUUGACAACAACAACGGCAGUGGUAGUGGGAGUAGUGUGCAUGUGGUUGAGGAGCAGCAGCCGCCGGCACCCAUGAUCCAGAACAACGUGCAGAGCGGGGCCACCGUCGCGACCGCGACCGCCUCCACCACGGCCACAUCCAAGAACAGUGGAGCCAACAGCGAGGGCGACUAUCAGCUCCUACAACAUGAAGUGCUGUGCUCCAUGACCAACACCUACGAGGUGCUGGAGUUCCUGGGUCGAGGGACAUUCGGGCAAGUGGUGAAGUGCUGGAAACGGGGCACCAGUGAGAUCGUGGCCAUCAAGAUCCUGAAGAACCACCCUUCCUAUGCGAGGCAGGGCCAGAUUGAGGUGAGCAUACUGGCACGGCUGAGCACGGAGAGUGCGGACGACUACAACUUCGUUCGAGCGUACGAGUGCUUCCAGCACAAGAACCACACGUGCCUGGUCUUCGAGAUGUUGGAGCAGAACCUCUACGACUUCCUCAAACAGAACAAGUUCAGCCCGUUGCCGCUCAAGUACAUCCGACCGAUCCUGCAGCAGGUCGCCACUGCCCUGAUGAAGCUCAAGAGCCUAGGACUGAUCCACGCUGACUUGAAGCCUGAGAACAUCAUGCUUGUAGACCCAGCCCGCCAACCCUACAGGGUCAAGGUGAUCGACUUCGGAUCUGCUAGUCACGUCUCCAAAGCGGUGUGCUCCACCUACCUGCAAUCUAGAUACUAUAGGGCUCCAGAGAUCAUCCUGGGUCUGCCGUUCUGCGAGGCCAUAGACAUGUGGUCUUUGGGUUGUGUGAUCGCUGAACUGUUUUUGGGAUGGCCUCUUUAUCCCGGAGCAUCAGAGUAUGACCAGAUCCGCUACAUCUCUCAAACGCAGGGCUUGCCAGCAGAGUAUCUGUUAAGUGCAGGGACGAAAACAACCAGGUUUUUCAACAGAGACCCCGACUCCACCUAUCCUCUAUGGAGACUGAAGACCCCCGAGGACCACGAGGCAGAGACGGGCAUCAAAUCUAAAGAGGCUCGCAAAUACAUCUUCAACUGCCUGGAUGAUAUGGCGCAGGUGAAUAUGACCACAGACCUGGAGGGCAGUGAUAUGUUGGCAGAAAAGGCAGACAGAAGAGAGUUCAUUGACCUGCUGACCAAAAUGCUGACCAUCGACGCAGACAAGAGAAUAACACCCAUCGAGACCCUCAACCACCCCUUCGUCACCAUGACCCACUUGCUGGACUUCCCUCACAGCACACAUGUCAAAUCCUGCUUCCAGAACAUGGAGAUUUGCAAGCGUCGAGUGAACAUGUACGAUACAGUCAAUCAGAGCAAGACCCCCUUUAUAACACAUGUAGCCCCCAGCACCUCGACCAAUCUCACCAUGACCUUCAACAACCAGCUGAACACUGUGCAUAGCCAGGCCACCAACCUGGCUCCCUCUUCCACCAGUGCCACCCUUUCCCUUACCAAUCCCGAUGUCUCCAUACUAAAUUACCAAUCUGCACUCUACCAGCCUUCUGCGGCCCCCAUGGCUGCCGUGGCACCCAGGACGAUGCCCCUCCAGCCCGGUGCACCGCAACUCUGUGCCGCCCGACCCGAUCCCUUCCAGCAGGCCCUCAUCGUCUGCCCACCUGGCUUCCAAGGUUUGCAAGCAUCGCCCUCUAAACACACUGGCUACUCUGUGCGGAUGGAGAACGCAGUUCCCAUAGUAACACAGGCCCCCGGUGCCCAACCUCUGCAGAUCCAGCCAGGCCUUCUGACACAGCAGGCCUGGCCAUCUGGUACUCAACAGAUUCUCCUUCCUCCAGCGUGGCAGCAGCUCACACACACUUCAGUGCAACACGCCACCGUCAUCCCAGACUCCAUGACCAGCUCACAGCCUCUGGCUAACUGGAGGAAUUCCCAUCCCCAUGGCAGCCAUUACAAUCCCAUUAUGCAACAGCCAGCCUUACUGGCAGGUCACGUCACCCUGCCCCCUCAGCAACCUCUUAAUGUGGGUGUGGCUCAUGUCAUGAGACAGCCAUCCAACAACCAAUCAAACUCCAAAAAGAGCAAGCAGCACCAGAUGAACAACAGGAACAUGUCAGCGUACGACGUGUCCUCCACCCAGCCGGUGACGUCACCUCAGCGCUCCAAACGGGUGAAAGAGAACACCCCGCCUCGCUGUGCCGUGGUUCAAAAUGGCCCUCCCUCUACCUGCGUCCCAUCACAGACCUGCACAGGCGGUGGAUGGGGAGGUGAACAGGCAUGUAGCACUACUCGAGACCACCACGGUCAACACAACCCACCACGCCAAACCAUCAUCAUCCCCGACACCCCGAGCCCAGCGGUCAGCAUCAUCACCAUCAGCAGUGACACGGAUGAGGAGGAUGACCUCAAACAACCCACUAACACCAGCACAUCAUCCAAACAGAGGAAGAAUGUCAUCAGCUGUGUGACCGUUCACGAUUCCCCUGACUCUGAUUCCAGCAAUACCAGCCCUUACGCUGUGGACUCCCGGACCAAUGGCCCCAACGCCAAUGGCUACGACUCUAAAGGUGCAGUCCUGGAUAACUACAGCAAUGGGAACCCCCGCACCAUCAUCAUCCCCCCGCUGAAGAGCCAGACCAGCGAAAAUCUGGGAGAGUGUGAUAGACUCUUGCCUGCAGAUGUCAUGAACCACCAGAACUCCACCUACAAGUUCAAAACCUCCAAUGGAGGCUUCUCUGGCAACAACCACACAUCAGGAGGAGUGACAGGAGGUGGGGCAUACCGGCAGCAGCGCACAGGACCACACCCCUUUCAGCAGCAGCCUCUAAAUCUCAGCCAGGCCCAGCAGCACAUGGCAGUUGAGCGUAACGGAGGUCACCGUCGGCAGCAGGCAUACAUCACCCCCACUAUGGCCACCCAGGCGCAGUACUCCUUCCACAACAGCCCCACCCACACGGCUAACGUUCACCCGCACCUGGCCGCUCCACAUCUGCCUGGGCAACCACACCUCUACACUUACACUGCCCCUGCUGCCCUGGGCUCCACUGGCACAGUGGCCCACCUGGUCGCUUCGCAGGGUUCAGCUCGUCACGCAGUCCAGCACGCCAGCUAUCCUCCAGGCAUUGUCCACCAGGUGCCUGUUAGCAUGGGUCACCGCGUGCUGCCCUCGCCCACCCUUCACCAUGGCCAAUACCAGGCCCAAUUUGCGCACCAGACCUACAUCAGUGCUUCUCCUGCCUCCACUGUCUACACUGGAUACCCGCUGAGCCCCACCAAGAUGAACCAGUACCCUUACCUCUAA